AUGAGACAUAACUCGCUCAUAUUAUGUAAUAGUAUUACUCUAUCCAGCUUCAAAAAUGAUUUUUUAAGAAAAUACUUUAACUUACUUUUUUAUUCAAGAGAUUAUUGCUCUUGUAGGAACAUAAUUAGAAUUUCAGAAAAAAAAAAAAAAGAUAUUAAAUAUAAUAAUAGAAGGUACUGUAAUAAAUAUAAUAAUAUUAGAAAAGAUGAAUGUGGAUUUAUUAAGGCUGAGGAUAAGACAUAUAUUACAUAUAAUGAUAAAAUAAAUUUAUAUCUUGGAAAUAAAAAUAUAAAUAGAAAGAAUCUAUUAACACAUAUUAAAAAUGAUAAAAAAUUGUUAUUAUAUACUUUAUGUAAAAUAUAUGAAAAGAAACAAUUUAAUAAAAUACCUAAUGAUAUAUUGAAUGAAUUAUAUCAUGAUAUAUGUGAACAUGUUUUGGAAAAAAAACAAGAAAAGUUAAAUCGAAGGGAAACAUUAAUAUUUUUAAGUUGUAUAAAUGAUAAAAAUUAUGCUGAAAGGGUACAUAUCGUUAAAAGUAAUAAUAAUAAUAAUAAUAAUAAUGAUAAUAAUAAUAAUGAUAAUUAUUUUACAAAUAAGAGUUAUAAUAAAUAUAACAACAUAUUUGAUGAAAAGAAUAUGUUUCUUUAUUUUUGUACGAUUUUAAAAAAUCGAAAAUAUAAUUUAGAAGAUAAAGAUAUAGUUAACGAUAUAUUAUUAUUUUUUGAUAAGAAAAUGAAUAUAAUGAGAAUAAAAAAUAUAUCUUUAUAUUUGUGUAAUAUAUCUUAUUUAAAUAGUAAGGUUAUUAUAAAAACGAAUAUGUUAUAUUAUUUUGUUCUUUAUAUAUUAAAAUAUAUAAAAUAUAAAAUUAAAAAAAGAAUGGAUUUUAACAAUAUUUAUCAUUAUGUUACACUGUUAACAUCAUGUAUGCAUAUAUCAAAAUUAAAAAUGGAAAUAAAUCAAGAUAUAGAAUCUUAUAUAAAUCAUUUAAAUGUCAUAAAAAUGAUAAAUAAAAAUGAAUAUUCAUUUGAUUCUAAUGAUUUUUCGGAAAUGUGUAAAAAAAAUAUAAAGGAUAAAAAAAAAUAUGUAAACGACACCAUAUAUUCUUGUUUAAUUUAUAAUGAUAACCAUUUUUUUCAUUAUUUUAAUAUAUAUGAAAAUUUUGAAUAUAAAGAGGAAAGCCACAAACCCAUACCAUUACAAAUACCAUAUAAAAAAAGAAAAAAAAAAGAAAACAAAACAAAACAAAAUGAUGAUGAUAAUAAUAAUAAUAAUAUUAAUAAUAAUAUACAUAUUCAAACAUUACACCAAAUAAAUGACGAAUUGAUUUAUGUAAUAUAUAAUAUGAAUUAUAUUUUAGUAAAUAUAUUUUUAAAAAAAAAAUAUGCAAAAAACAAAAAAAAAAUUCAUGAACAAAAUAUAUUAAAAAAAAAAUAUAUGAUAAUUCCUAUUAUAAUACAUUAUAUGUUUCGUUGUUUAAAUUUUCAAAUAUUUUCAAAUACUUUAUAUCUAGAAUUAAAAAAAUUAAUCUUAUCCAUAUGUGAUAUGAACAAAGAAUCUUUUGGAUUAUUAUUAUUAUUAUUAGCUCCUUCAAAUAUUAUAGAAUUUUUACAUUUAAUGUCUAUAAAUAAUAAUAUAAUUAAAAUUAAUGAAAAGACAGAAACAUCUAUUUUGAAACAAUUUUUAGAUCAUUUAUUUAUAGAUAAUUGUAUACAUUUAAACAAAAAAGAUAAAAUCAUUUUAUAUAUAAGUAUAUCAAAAAUUUUAUUUUUCUCAAAGAAAAUGUAUAUGGAAAAAAUGCAUCAUAUCUUAACAAAUGAAUUUAUUAAUUUUACAUACCGUGAUUUAUACUGUAUAGUAUAUGCAUUAAAUUGUUCGAAAUUUUGUGAUUUACCUUUUAUUGAAUCAUUAUUGAGAAAUAUUUAUAAAUUCAAACAUAAAUAUUCACAAAAUAAAUUAUUAACGAUCAUAUCCAUAUUUUAUUCGUUUAAUCUCAACAUGUCCAUAUUUAAUUUGCUCAUAGCAUAUACAAAUAAAAAGGA